ACACGUUUAACGUUAUGUCAUGUACAUUUUUAAGAUUCAAACUUAUUUUUGAAUCAAAAGAUGUUUAGGAAUGAUAAUAGAACGGAUACAUAUGAAACGGACGAAUUUAAAGUUAUGUGGUGCAAAAUAAAUUUAAGGUUAUAUAAAACGAAAAAAAGGCAAACGAGUCGAAAUGAGUUUUUCUUAAAAUUAUACGAACCGAGACGAAUUAUGGGUAUAUGUGAUUUUAUGUCUGAUCAAAUAUUAUGUUUAGUUGCCAAAAAAACUAAAGAAAAUAAGUUGAGAAAUUGUUAAAAUGUUCUUCUUCCCCAAACUGAAGAAGUGAGAAAAACCCUUAAAUCCCACCUUUCUGCCAUUGCUGCAACUUCAAGAAUCACCACUAACCUCAGCAAUGGCACAAACAAAUUUUCACCCUUCACACAAUCAAUCACUCAACCAAAUACUUCGCAGUUUCAAACAAGUUACGAUCGAUUACAUCAAUCCUCUGUAUCCGUUUAGAUAUAUUAAGACUCAUUCCAUUAAAAAGAUUCCUCUUUUCCGAAUGCCCAUAUCGGAAAAAUCAUGUAUUUACUUGAAUUUCACUUCAAAACCCAAAUGGGUAUUCACGUAUUCUAACAUUCCAUCUCCAGAAUGGGUGAAUUUUCCUCUUUUUCGAGUUCCCAAAUUCAAAAAACCGUAUUUUUAUGUAAAUUUCACUUCAAAACCCAAAUGGGUAUUCACUGGUUCUAACCUUCCACCUCCAGAAUGGGUGCAGCCAUUCGUUGAUCUUUCUGACUUAGUUACAGACCGAAAAGAUCUCAAACCGUCGCCAUGGGUGUCUCAAAUUUUGAAUCUUUUAGAUAAUUCACCAUUGAUGGAGCAGAAUUUAGAUGUUUAUUGUUGCAAAUUUCUCAUUAAAUUAUCGCCUAGUUUUGUUGCAUAUGUAUUGAAGUCAGAUUACCUUACAGGUAAACCCGAUAUCGCGUUUCGUUUCUUUUAUUGGGCUGGUAAGCAAAAAGGGUAUGCUCAUAAUUGUGAAUGCUAUGUGUUUUUAGUUAAGAUUUUAUCUGCUUCAUGUGAAUUGGAUAGGAUUAAGCAUGUGUUUAGUGAAUUUAAGCAUAAAGGUUUCUUGAUGAAUGUGGCAGCUGUUAAUUCUUUGAUUAGGAGUUUUGGAGAACUUGGGAUGGUUGAAGAAUUAUUAUUUGUGUGGCGACAAAUGAAAGAAAAUGGUAUUGAGCCUAGUUUAUAUACGUAUAACUUUUUGAUGAAUGGACUGGUGAAUUCUAUGUUUGUUGAAUCUGCCGAACGCGUUUUUGAGGUUAUGGAAAGCGGGAAAGUUAAUCCGGAUAUUGUUACGUAUAAUACUAUUAUUAAGGGGUACUGCAGAUCUGGGAAGCUUCAAAAAGCAAUGGAGAAAUUUAGAGAUAUGGAGGUUAGGAAAGUAGAGCCUGACAAGAUUACCUACAUGACUGUGAUGCAAGCAUGUUACGCGGAUGGAGAUUUUGAUUAUUGUUUGGGACUCUAUCACGAAAUGGAGGAAAAGGACUUGGAUAUUCCACCACACGCUUAUACGUUAGUGAUUGGAGGGCUUUGUAAAAUGGGGAAGGUUUUGGAAGGGUUUACUGUUUUUGAAAAUAUGAUCAAGAAAGGUUUUAGACCUAAUCUGUCAAUUUAUACUGCUCUAAUUGAUUCAUACAUGAAACAUGGAAACUUGGAUGAGGCUAUGAGACUUUUUGAUAGAAUGAAGAAUGAAGGAUUUGAACCGGAUGAGGUAACGUUUGGGGUUAUUGUAAAUGGCUUAUGCAAGAGUGAGAGGUUGGAUGAGGCCAUGCUGUGGCUUGAGUACUGUAAAAAUAACGAUGUAGCUAUCAAUGCCAUGUUUUAUUCAAGUCUUAUUGAUGGUCUAGGAAAGGCAGGGAGAGUUGAUGAGGCCAGAGAACUCUUUGAGGAGAUGGCUGAGAAGGGAUGUACACGUGAUUCUUAUUGUUAUAAUGCACUUAUCGAUGCCUUGGCCAAAAAUGGGAAAAUUGAUGAAGCUUUGGUGCUUUUUAAGAGAAUGGAAGAUGAAGGUUGUGAUCAAACAGUUUAUACAUACACAAUAUUGAUCAGCGGCAUGUUUAAAGAACAUCAAAAUGAAGAAGCACUUAAAUUGUGGCAUAUGAUGAUUGAUAAGGGUAUAACUCCAAAUGCUGCUUCUUUUCGAGCCCUUUCAACUGGGCUUUGUCUUUCUGGCAAGGUGGCUAGAGCAUGUAAAAUAUUGGAUGAGCUGGCACCAAUGGGUGUUAUCCUGGAGACAGCUUUUGAAGAUAUGAUAAAUGUUCUAUGCAAGGCAGGUCGUUUAAAAGAGGCUUGCAAAUUAGCUGAUGGGAUUGUGGAUAGAGGUCGAGAAAUUCCUGGAAAAGUUCGUACUGUUUUAAUUAAUGCAUUGAGGAAGACAGGGAAUGCUGAUAUGGCAGUGAAGUUGAUGCAUAGUAAGAUUGGCAUUGGAUAUGAUAGGAUGGGUAGCAUUAAAAGGAGAGUAAAGUUUCGAGUUUUGGUUGAAAGCUGAGGCAUUGGAUAAAGGGUAGCAUUAAAAGGAGAGUAAAGUUUCGAGCUCUGGUUGAAAAGUGAGGUGAAAACUGGAUGUUAGGGUUACUAUUGGGACAUUCAAGUUUGCUAUUAUGCUGUCAUGUGUGGUUAUUAGUGAAAUAUUCUGAGGCAAAACAGACAAAGAUGUGACUGGAGAAGCAAUGAACAUGUCAUUUGACAAAGCUAUGCAUAUCUGCCACUUUAUGGAGUUCUAACAAGCAAAGCAAGAGGUAAAGUUGAUUGAAAAUUUUGUCAAUGGAGUGUCUGACAAUUCAUGUUGCUUGCGUUAGAUCUGCCUUCUUUUGUUGAAACUGGAAGUAGUGUAGGGUAGCGUCACAGUCAACUCACAAAUUCUGAAGUGCAAUCUUUUCCGUAAUUCUGGUUAAGCCUGAGAGAUAUUUGAAGACGCCGACCACCUCUGUUGAUUUUAAAUACUUCAUCAAACUCUGUGACACCUAAAAUUGAUGGAUGGGAUUAUAUUAGUUACCAUCUUUCAAAGAUUCUUCUCAUAAGGUUUAUGCCUCCACCUUAUGCUUUCUAUCAGUUGAUUCAGCAGUUCUUGCAAUUCAUUCAAAUAUGGUACUCCCAGACAACUUAUCUCAUACUUGUUGUAAAAGAGGUACUAUCACAAUUCCAGGCUGCAGUUGCUGAAGUAUAAGCAGCUGGUAGAAUGCUUAUGUUUCUUUGUGGAGGUGACAAGUCAUCAUACGAUAAGUGUACCUUAAUCUUAAACCAUGUAUUGGAACUUAAGGACAUCCUACCUUGCCAGAUACUUCACAGAAGCUGAAAUUCAAACGCUUCUGGCUGUUGGCUUUUUUGGUGUAAUAUAUAUUAUGUAAAGGAUGAACAAUCUUAAAAACUUUAGGACUUCCUACCUUGCCAGAUACUACACAGAUGCUGAAAUUCAAAUGUUUUUAGCUGUUGGUGUAAUAUGUAUAAUACAAAAGAUGAACGUAGCAUGCUAAAUUUCAUAGGAUCUUUACAAGAAUGGGUUUUUGUAGAGCAGGAUUCCUUCUGUUUUUGUUUUUUUGUAAUGAAGGAUCUCUAACCAGUGUACUGCCUUUCACUAUCAUGGUUUUAGGCUGCUCUAUUUAUAUUUUUGUCUACCUAUUCAAUUUUGAGCAUAAUUCCUUCGUUUUCAUUUUUUCACUUAUCAAUUUUGAGGGCAAGGACAAAAGUCUAAGUUCACUUCUCCAAUAGGGGUCUCAGAAACAAUGUAUUUUUUUUUUGAUAACUCAGCAAGAAUAUUACUAAUUUCAAAAACCAGCUAUAAGAUAUGAUGAGAGUAUGCAAAAGCUGACUCAGUCAGGUUUUCCCAAUUAAUCCUGUAGUGAGGUCGGAAAUCUCACUGGGUAUCCACUUCAUUCACAUUUUGAAGAUUACAUCAGAUAGUGACUGCAUACAAGCACUUGAAUUCAAGGAUAUAGCCUUUUGGGGAAUAGGUACUUGCAGUUGCUGUAAAUUUAUUUAUCACUUAUUGCUGGGCCCAGGAAGAUGUCCGCAUACACGGAUGACCAAGAAUUUACUUCUUUACAGAUUCUCGCAUGCAAGAAGAAAUAUUUGAUAUGGGGAUAGGGAAGUGGGAGCUGAAAGUCUAAAACCCAGCAGCAGAUGUAACUAAUAUUUUCAGCAGGCAUUUCCUGUACAACAAGUAAAGACACAUUGUUGUUUGGAACUUGGAGUGGACCCUUGGUGCACCUAUGAAGACUGGAGCAACGUGACCAACCUGUUUGUUUCCAAGUCAUUUCUGAGGUAAAAUGUUCUUGAGAUCUUUUAUCUAAAAUGACUAAUUAAAUUUAUUGGCACAUAUGAGAACAUUACGAGGGAUAGUCGUACAGAAGUAGCAGCAGGACAUUGAGACUUAAAAUAAUGCCUACAUGUUGUCCAUUUUCCACUGCUGUACAUUUGUUUCUGUACAUUGGUUGAGUGGCAAAGAGAAUUUUGCACUGUGCUCUGUCAUCUUUGUUUUCUAACGUCUAACAUCACUCGAAGGAGCUGCUUUUCAGUUAAAAACAUCCACAACUGCAGUCACUGUAAUAGGACCAAUUUGCAUGUUCUACCAUCUGUGACAUUUGUAGAAAUAUACCUCUAUUGCUUAUCCAUUCCAGUGUUGUCAAAGUCGUGUUUAAGCCUUGAAACGAGGCUCAAAAUGUGUAGAUCGGUUUGCCUUGUUUAAUGUGCGCUUUAGUGUGGUCAUCAAGGUUCUAAGGCAUAUUUUUUCUAGCCAACUCUUCUCUUCCGGAGAGACGACAUAAAAAAUUAAUAUUUUACUUUAUUGUAAUUUCUUUUCAA